AUGCUCCGAGGUUUAAGAUUAUGUCAAGGAUUUAUCGAUAAUCAAUGUUGUUCAUCGUCAUUAGAAGAUAAAAUACAAAAUAUUACGGCACUUGAGUUAUAUCGUCUAUUUGAAUUGAAUUCAAUUUUUGUUUAUGAUCCAUUACUACGUUAUUCAAUUGAACUAAAUGACACCAUCAAGCAAUUGUUACAAUCAUCUCGCCAAGAAACACAUUUAGUAUUACAACGUGGCUAUAAUAAUUUGUAUGAAAUGUAUCGUCAAUCAAUUGAUGACUUCUAUAAUUCAUUGAAUACAAUCACGGCACGUACAAAACAUGAUAUUAGUCCAUAUGUUGAACAAUUAUUUCGUACAAUAUUGAAAACAUCGUUUUCAACUACAUUAACGGGAAAAAUAACUGCAGUAAAUAAUCAUCAAUCAAUUAAAUCAUCGUAUUUUACAUGCGUUUGGCGAACAAGACCAUUCGGCGAUAUACCAACGACAUUAACUAGUCAAAUAGAUAAAAAUCUUGGAAGUAUUUUGGAUUUAUAUGAAUUAUUAAAAACCGCAUCUGAACUUGUACAACUCAUUUCUACCGGUAUUGGAACCGAUUAUCAUUGUAUUGAUUUAAUGACACAAUUAAAUUAUUGUAAUCUUUGUGCUGGACGAAAUGAGUUACCUUGUUACACUAGUUGUAAAAAUGUUAUCGAAAGUUGUUUGAGUAAUAUUACACUUAUUGAUAAUACAUGGAAAAGUUUUGUUGAUUCAAUACAAAAUAUACAAUAUUUUAAUGGUGCUGAAAAUGUUCUCUCAUCAAUUGGUAUAUCAAUAUCUGAAGCAGUAAUGACAUUUUUUAAUGCUGGUGGUGUAGAAAAUAAAGAAAUCGUUAGUCAAUGCGGUCGUUUGCCCAUAAACAGAAAAUUAAAACGAACAAUAUCGUGGGAUAAUACAAGCAGUAAUUUAAUUUUGAAAACUAAUAAUUUAUUAUCUUCAAAUACCGAUAUGAUAGCCUCAUCAUUGGAUAAAAAAUUGAUGAUGAUUAGUCGAUCAUUUUCUGUUCAUCGCUUAUUUUGGUCAACAUUACCGAAUUUAAUUUGCUCUACGUCAGGAGUGUCAGUAAUGAAUACCACGUGUUGGACUGGUACGACAAUUUCAAUAGACGGACGCUCUCUGACCAAAUCUCAGUUUGAUAAGCCGUUGAAUUUAAGAUUACAAUGGCUUUUAAAUGAAAUUCAAAAAAAAUCUGCUGUCUUCAGUUACACUGAAUAUUCUCAAAAACCAACUGAAUUUUUAUCAAUUAAAAAUGAAACAAAAAUCAAUAUGUUCCCAAUAACGACACUUUCGAAUGAUACACAUGAUAAUUCAAAUGAUGAACAACGUGAGGAUGAAUUAGACUAUGCUGAUUAUGCAUAUGAAGAUGAAGAGUCAACUACAACAAGAACAACAAUCUCUACAUUAACAACAACAACUACAACUACGCGUCAUACGUGGUCAUCCGUGACAACAACAUCAAAAAUUUCAUCUACACUUUCCGUAGAUCAUGAUUUAGAAGAUGAUAAUACAGAUGCCUAUUAUGAUUACGAUGAUUCACAAGACAAGGACUCGAAUGAGCAAGUCUAUAAUGAUAAUGACUAUGUUAACGAGAAUUUUCCCACGAUAUCUCCACCAAUAAUAGCAACAACAACAAAUACAAAUUGGAGAAAAAAUAUUCCAAAUCAUCAUCGAAUGCCUAUUAUUUGGACGUUUGAAAACUCUCUGAAGACGAACACGUCAUCGAUAUCAUCGAGAUCACCAUUAAUUGAACAAGCCAUUAUUGGCUUUAAAUUUUUAAUUAACCCUCGUACUACCAACCAGGAGGGUGUUUCACAGAAAUUCUUAUGUCUUCGACUUAGACUUAAGUCAUCAUACUUAAGUCUCCGUUUUGUCUUAAGUUAA